AUGACGAUGACCCUCCCACCAACAAUAUCAACGACUACGUCAACGUGCUGUCCAAGCUGUGGCUUCUCCCUCCAAUCUCUCUCCACCACCGACCCGCACGCCGCCCUCCUCCAAGCGCAAAAGCAAAUAGAAGACUUGCAGGCGCAAGUCGGACUCCUGAGCCAAAAGGCCACCGCCGCCGUCGACCGCUGGGCCGACUACGAGGACGAACUCUCCCGUUUGCGCGCCGCUUCCACUACCUCGGUCGCGACGACCACGACAUCGCAACACACCCCCCACAACUCGACCCCCAGUCUCCCCACCUCGAGCCCACGAUCCUCCUUCCUCGGCAACAGCGCCAGCGCCGCCGCUGGUGCAGCCGCGAGUCGCAUAUCGCAACUCCUGUCGCCGCGCAAAUCCGUGCCCAACAUCGGGACGUCGUCGAAUCGCGCGUCGUUGUCGAGUCCGCAGCUGACACUACCUCUCGGCGGUGGAUCUGGCGCAAAUAGCAACGAUGACCUGGUCGAGGCGCUGAAUCGAGAACAGAGGUUACGGAAAGCGGCGGAGGGGAAGCUGAACGAUACGAGUCGGGAGGUGGAGGAGCUGAGCGCGACGUUGUUCGAGCAGGCCAACGAGAUGGUAGCUAGCGAGCGGAGAGCGAGGGCGAAGCUCGAGGAGAGGGUGGGGAUUCUGGAGCGGAGGGAUGAGGAGAAGAGGGCAAGAUUGGAUCGGUUGGAAGGGGCGAUGGGGAGGAUUGAGAGGGUGAGGGGGUUGUUGAAUGAGACGAAGGGGACGGCAAGAGAGACGGACGACCAACAUGAGGCAUGA